AUGAAUUCCAGUUUAUUUGAAUUUUUUGUCCUCUUGGGCAAAUUAAAAACUACCAGAAGAACUGGAUGGGUUCGAUCCGGUGUAAACGAUCCAGAAAGCAUUGCCGAUCACAUGUACAGGAUGGGGAUGUUAUCCAUGAUCAUCGAUCCGUCGUCCGGACUUGACAAAGACAAGUGUGUCAAGUUGUCUUUGGUUCAUGAUUUGGCAGAGAGCAUUGUGGGAGACAUAACACCCAACUGUGGAGUCAGCAUUGGAAACAAAUAUUUAAUGGAAAAAAGUGCUAUGGCACACAUAAAGACUCUUCUACCACCAAAAAUAUCUGAUGAAAUUAUGGAUUUAUGGCAGGAAUAUGAGGAUCAGAAAACAGCAGAAGCAAAAUUUGUUAAGGACUUGGAUAAGUUUGACAUGAUCUUUCAAGCAUUUGAAUAUGAAAAAUGUCAAUCUAAUUUGAGUUUACAGUGCUUUUUUGAUUCUACAAAAGGUGUCUUUUAA